GGAGGGGAGGCAAGCGUAGAAGGGAGGGCGAAGAAUAAAUCCUCACUACAUAAUCAUUAGAGCUCACAAGCCCUUCCUGUGACACGCCGCGCUGCACUUGCGCUUAGGAGUGUCCGGCGAGAGCCCCGCUGAUGGUGGGCAACGGGGCACAGGUGGGAGGAAAGGAGAGAAACCAAACACGGGACAGGAAGUGAGUGAACCAUCAAGACAAAAAAAAAAAAAUCAGUUGAAAGGAAUUUUCCAAACUCAGACGGCGGUCUUGCUUACAUCUGUCCCCCCGCCCGCCUGCGCCGUCGCCAUCUGUCCGGCUCCCUUGCCUGGGGCUUGCUUUGAUGGAGCCGGAGCACCAGGCGAGGGUGAGGAGGGGAGGCUGGAGGAAGAAGACGACCGGGGUCACCCUGAAGGAUCAACCUCCGAAGGACAGGUGUCCCCCCAGAAAGACGGAGUACCACUCGGAGGAGGAUUUGUUUUGCUAAGUUUCCGCCAAGCUCUUUGGAGGUUUAUUUCCCUUCCAAGCAUCGAUCCCGAGCCCAAAACCGGAAUUAUUAUUCUCCCAGAGGCUGGCGAAACAGCUUUCAAAUAAAAGGCUUUUGCACGCUCUGAGCACCCUGUGGGACGUUUUUACCUGAAAUCGCUUUCCUGGGCCAUCACGUCUCACCUUCCCAACCGGAACAUUUCGCCAAAAGUGAGCGCGAAGAGCCACCAUGUGUUAAUUUGCUCGCUCUUGAUAUCGCUCCAUCACGUCGCAUCAUCAAGCCCCCUCCCACUUCCCCCCCUCCCUUUUUCUACCACCUCCAUCCCUCCUCCUCAGCAGCCAGUGAUAAUGUGACCUUCUGCCAAAAUGCUGGAAACCAUGCCGCCGCCGUCGCAGCGGGCUCCUCUGUUGCUGCUACUGAAAUAGACUCAAACAAGCGGGAGGAAGGAGCGCGGAAAAGAAAAAAGAGGGGAAGAAAAAAGCGGAGGAUCAAGGAGAGGAAUGAGCGCUGACAGUUCCGGGCUGGAUGUGGAUCGCCGACACAGGCAAUAGGUGACUGAGAUGGGCGUUCGUUUGAGCGCCUCCUUGUGGUGGCCGCCGCUGUUGCUGCUACUGCUCUAUAGCGCCACCCUCCGCUGCUCAGCCCGGCCCUUCGGGAUCCCGGCGCCCGCCGUGAACGUGGCGGUGGUUUUCAGCGGCUCGGCCUACCAGUCGGAGAUCAAGGGGCGGCUGAGUCGUGAAAACUUCAUGGACCUGCCCCUGGAGGUGAACCCCAUCACUGUGCUGGUGAACAACACCAACCCCAGAGCGCUGCUCACCCGCAUCUGCGACACGCUGUCUACCAACCGCGUCCAUGGCGUGGUCUUCGAGGACAACGUGGGUUCCGAAGCCGUGGCCCAGAUCCUGGACUUCAUUUCCACUCAGACCGGCGUGCCCAUCGUGGGGAUCAGCGGAGGCUCUGCCGUCGUCCUGCCUUACAAGGGCGAGGGCUCCAACUUCCUGCAGUUGGGCUCGUCCAUCGAGCAGCAGAUCAACGGCAUGUUCAAGGUAAUGGAGGAGUACAACUGGGACAGCUUUGUGGUCGUCACCAGCCUGUACCCGGGCUAUGAGGCCUACGUGGAUUACGUCAAGGCCUACAUUGACACCAGCUACUUCAUGUGGGAGCUCCAGGACGUGCUGACGUUCGACAUGUCCGCCGACACCACCAACGACAUCCGGGCGCGACGGCUGUUGCAGCAGAUUGACGCCCAGGUGCUCCUGGUUUACUGCUCCCACGAGGAGGCCCAGUACCUCUUCACCAUGGCCGCCGAGGCCGGACUGGUCGGGCCGGGCUACAUCUGGAUCAUCCCCAGCCUGGCGGUGGGCAACCCUGACAUGUCACCACCCGACAGCUUCCCAGUGGGACUCAUCAGCAUCAUCACCGACCGCUGGAGGAUGAGCCUGAGGAAGAGGGUGCGGGACGGCGUGGCCAUCGUGGUGAAGGGCGUGCAGAGCUACCGCAAGCAGAGGGGCUUCUUGCCGGAGGGUCACAACGACUGCCACAAUCCCGUCAAGACCGUGGCGACAAACGACACGCUUUUCAGGCACAUGCUGAACGUAACCUGGGAGCACAACGACUUUUCCUUCAAUGCCAACGGCUACCUGGUGAACCCGGCAAUGAACAUCAUCUCGCUGGACCGAGAGAGGCAGUGGGACAAGGUGGGAACUUACGAGAUGAGCAUCCUCCAGAUGAGGUACCCGGUAUGGCCCCGCUACGGUUCCUACCUGGAGCCCGUGUCGGACUACAGGCACCUGACGGUGGCCACGCUGGAGGAGCGUCCUUUUGUUAUCGUGGAGGCCGUGGACCCCGUGACCGGAACCUGCGUCAGCAACACGGUGCCGUGCAGACGACAGUCCAACAAGACGGAGGCAAUCGUGGGCCACACGGAGCCGUACACCAAGCUGUGCUGCAAGGGAUUCUGCAUCGACAUCCUCAAGAAGCUGUCGCGCAACAUCAAGUUCUCCUACGACCUCUACCUCGUCACCAAUGGGAAGCACGGCAAGCUGGUGCGUGGCAUCUGGAACGGCAUGAUUGGAGAGGUAACCCGCCGCUACAUUUUAGCAAUUGUUCAAAAUGAAAAAUCAAAACGAUUAAAUGUCAAAUUCUGUUCAGUAGGAGAGAACAUUCAAAAAAAAAACAACUUUGGUGCUCUCUCACCGUCUGCCUUCUUAGAGCCGUACAGUCCCGCCGUGUGGGUGAUGAUGUUCGUAAUGUGCCUCACUGUGGUCGCCAUCACGGUGUUCGUCUUUGAAUACUGCAGCCCGGUGGGCUACAACCGCAGCCUGGUUUCGGCCAAAGGUGAGGCAUCCACCCUCCUUCCUCCUCUUCCUCCUUCCCCUCUCUAUCAGUUGCUGAAUGACGCGUUUUGCGCGUUGCAGUUCCAGAAGCCACAGGAGCAAUAUCCUCCAUUCCGCUUCGGCACGGUGCCCAACGGCAGCACGGAGCGCAACAUCCGCAGCAACUACCCCGAGAUGCACUCACACAUGGUCAAGUACAAUCAGAAGGGGGUCGAGGAUGCCCUCAACAGCCUCAAGACCGGGAAGCUAGACGCCUUCAUCUACGACGCUGCCGUGCUCAACUACAUGGCGGGAAAAGACGAGGGCUGUAAACUGGUCACCAUCGGCAGCGGCAAAGUCUUCGCCACCACUGGCUAUGGCAUCGCCUUGCAGAAGGACUCGCGAUGGAAGAGGCCCAUCGACCUGGCCCUGCUGCAGUUCCUCGCUGACGGUGACACGCAGAAGCUGCAGACGGUGUGGCUGACGGGCAUAUGCCGCAAUGAGAAGAAGGAGGUGAUGAGCAGCAAGCUGGACAUCGACAACAUGGCGGGCGUCUUCUACAUGCUGCUGGUGGCCAUGGGCCUCAGCCUGCUGGUGUUCGCCUGGGAGCAUCUGCUCUACUGGAAGCUGCGACACUCGCUGCGAAAGUCCCAACGCCUCGACUUCCUCCUGGCCAUUAGCAGGGGCAUCUACAGCUGCUUCAGUGGCGUGGAGCACACGGAUCGCAACGGCAGCAUUCAAAGUCCCGACGUCACCAGCAACUACUCGCAGGCCAACAUGCUAAAGAUGCUAAAGACAGCUAAGGACAUGGUGUCCUCCGCCCGGGUGGAGAACUCCCUGGACAGCGCCACCAAGACCCUGGAGAGCUGGAGCCGGCGGGGUGCGGCCGACAACACCCGGGCUGGCCUCCCACCUCGUGUGGCCACCACCGCAGACGUGGCGCACUGCCGCCUGCCCUACAUCACCAGCAUCACCGACAACCACUCGCCCUACCCGGUGAGGAGCCGCACCCCUACUUUCCCGGGCCACUAUGGGGACGCCGCCGCCCAGCCGCUCUUGGACAAACCACGGGUGGUGACCCGGCCCACAGCACUGCGCUACACGCUUCCCACCCGCAACAACCUCUUGGAGAGGACCCUCCCCAUCUCGAGCCUCAGCACCCCCCACCUCGCCAUGCCCGACGUAUCGCCCACUUCCAACGCUCAGCCCCACCACACCGGCCGGCUCUAUGUGGAGAACCCCGUGCGACACCAGUCAUCCCCAUUCAUCACCUACCGGGAAAUCCAGGUUCCCAACGUCUACGUGGAACAUAAACCCCCGCUGAGGAGGAAGCUGAGCUACCCGCCCGACUGUGGGGGCCGCAGGAGGCGUAGCUAUGUGCUCGACGCCCCUGACCUGAGAUCGAGGGCCAACUAUGACGAGCCGCGAUCCUGCCUGGCUGAGCUCAGAGCCAACCAGCUGAUGAAAAACCAUACCCCGGAUGCUACCGCAGGACACUACCCUUGUGCCGCCCCAGGACACUACCCGUGUGCGGCCGCCAGCUGCAACUCCUGCAUGAAGUCGUACCUCGAGCCCGAGAUGGACGACGUACCCCUGCUGGGCAAGGAUAAACUCAACCGCAGAGCCUCUUUCCUUAAAGCCACCUGGGGCAACGAGCGUAUUCGACAGGUGGAUGAGACCAAACCAUCUACCUCCACGUCUCCCCGCAACGACAUGCCCGACCUGUUCCCGCGGGUGGUGGUGCCGGCCAACGCCAAGGCCCACAAGCUGUAUGGCAGCCUGGGCCAUAACCUGUCCUGCUAUCCACUGAGCGCCGAGCCUGCCUACUUGGACCCGGCCCAUAUGGGCUCAUACCCUUACAAGCAGAAACUCAAGUACGCCGACUCUACUCGGCUGCCGUCUUACCGGGAGGCCAUCCUGCAGAACACCGCCGCCCUCCGCCGGUCCUCAUCCACGCUGGUGCACAGACACUACUCCACCUACCUGAACUCCUACUCGGACCUACCGGCGUACAUCGCACCACCAACCCAGUUCUACGACAGCCCCAAAGACAUGUACCACCUGUUCCCGUGUGCCACCCACUGCCCGGAACACCCCGCCACCCGGCCCGUGGCCUACCAGAACAGCAUGUUUGGGGCAGAGCGGGACGAGCCUGUUUCGGCAGGCAGGGAACGCCGGCAGGUGUUGGUGGCGCGCCGGGUGAACAGUCCGUUUGUGCCAAAACCCUGGGGAAGGGUCUCCAGCCUGGAGUCAGAGGUGUGAAGAAGCAAAAAUGUAAAAAAAACUAAUGAAAGUGACCACCACCAGUGUAUUUUGAGAGGUCACCUCUCUGUUCUCAGUGCAAUAAAAUCACAAGACACUGACUCAUGACUGGGACAAACCAGGAACAAACUCUUUCAAAGCAUUUAACAAGUUAACCUCUGUCAUUUUUAAAUGCUCAUACAGUGCUACCUUGACUUACGGGUGAUCCCACUUCGGAGUUUUUCAGUUUAUGAGUAAUUGCUUUGUGGAUUUUUUUCCGUUGGAUUGCCAGACAAAAGUUGAAGUAGAUCAGCAGUUCCUGGACUGCCCAGGCAUGUGAGUAAGGAAAACCACAGUUGCAAAGCACCUUCAGCUUUUUUUUUUAAACAGGACAAACAGACAAAUACCAAAAAAAAUACGAAAUGAGAACACUUGUUAGGACCUGCUUAGGUAAAACUCACGCCCAGACGCUCACACGCAGACGAACUAGCCAAGUCCAAUCUCACUCAAAAAAUGCUUGUCGCCAAUUUCCCUGACCAAG